UCGGAAUUAACAAUCACACUUCUCGAAAAAAAUCUCAAAAUAUGCUAGGGCCAAUUACUAUAAAAUAAGUACUGAAACGUUAAACAUAACCAAUCUUAAAAAGUUCGAAAAAACAUUUUGUAAACAUUACCCAAAAAGAUAUGGAGCAAAUUUGAAUAAUAUAGUAUAAUAAAGGAUUAUUGUUCAUGAUUUGAAAUUAUAUGGAAAAUACUAAGUAAUAUUCGAUGUGAUGGCGACACCAAUAGAAGUUCAUGGUCUCAAUCUAGAAACUCUUGAUGAGGAAAACCCGAUUCCAGUUAGAAUUCCAGUUAGAAUUAGACGUAAUUCUCCUAUAAUAGAAGUACAACAACCAAUUGUACUUUUAAAUGAUAUUCAGUUAGCUUCUGAAAUAAUUGUUGAAGCUACUGCAAAUGACGAUGAUGCAGUUUCUAUUGUUUCUAAUAGCUCUAAUAGUUCAAAUGAAGAUACAAUUAGUAGAGGAGUUACACCAUUUCCUGAAGAAAUUGGAAAAGAGGAAACUAAUGGAAAUGACGAGAAUGAGGAUAAUGAUGGAGAAUCAAAUUCAAAAAAACGCUCUAGAAGUCAAUAUGAAAAUGAGGAUGGACAGAUUUGUCCUAUUUGUUUAGAUAAUUGGACAAACUCAGGAGAGCAUCGAAUAUGCUGUUUAAAAUGUGGACAUUUGUUUGGACAUAGUUGUAUUAUAAGGUGGUUACAAUCACAAACCAAGAAAUCAUGUCCAACUUGUAAAAAAAAAGUAGUGAAAUCAGACAUCAGAUUUCUUUAUACCAAAAAAUUAAUUGCUGUAGAUAAUUCUGAAUUACAAGAAAUGAAAGCAAAAUUAGAUUGUGUUAUCAAUGAGAGAAAUAAUAUACAAUUAGAAAUGAGCAAAUAUAUAUGCCGAGAACAUGCUCUAAACCAAGAAAUCAAUUACCUGAAAUCUCAACUUCAAAUGUACAAGCAAAAUCCCCAUUUAUUUUCUGCUUGCAGUAAUAUUGACACCAAAUCUAUAAAAAAUGUAAUAAAAUUAUACAUGGACAAAUCCUUAGAAGUAUGCUCAGCAGGAGCUUGUCGAGUUUUUGAUGUGAAUCCUAAUUUAGAUUUAAUUAUGGUUAAUGCAAAAUCACCCAAUGUUUUGUUUUCAGGAUUUGGUUUGAAAAAAAUUUGCAUUUCGCAAUAUAGAACGCUGGCAUUUUUACCUCUACAUUCUGCUCAAAUAAGAGACGUUUCUUUUCAGAAUACAAAUAUUUUAUCAGUUUCUACUGACAAAAUCAUAAAGAUAACAGAUUCUCCUAAUAAUUCAAAUGUCUUCACAUUCAGCCAAACUUUACCUUUAUGGUCUUGCUGUUGGGAUUCCUUCAAUACUAAUUACUUUUACAUUGGAACACAAAUGGGUGCUGUACAUAAGUAUGAUUGGAGAUUGUUACAUAAUCCAGUAAAUAUACUCGAGGUUCCUGGUGAUAUGUCCCCUGUAGUUAGUGUUGCUCAUGUUCCUAACGACCCUAGUAGCUCAUCUCAAGACGGUAUUAUUUCUUGUAAAUUAAAUUCAUUGUGGUUUUUUGAAAAAACCCCUAAUGAUUAUGUAGGGCAUCCUUUAGGAAUUGAUGGGCCCUUCUAUGCUAUGAGAUUUGAUAAAGCUUCAAAACAGAUCUUAGUAUCUUCUAGACCUAAUCUCAGGAAUCCUAAUUCAAGACACACUCUAACAACCUUGAAUAAAAUUGGUGAAAAAAUUUCUUCGAAUUCAACUCAUACUUUCGAAAAUCCAGGUAUUCAAAGACAUUUGUCAAGAUCCUGUUUCAUAAAAAGAAAUUCCGAAGAAUAUGUAGCUGUGCAUGAGGAAUCAAGUAAGCUAGUUACUUUAUGGAAUUUGAACAAUGGAAGGAAAUCGACAUCAGUUACUGCUCAUGAUCCCGUACUAGAUUUAAAUUAUAUUGUGAAUAAUGGUAAUGAUCUUUUGAUUGGUCUUACAGAUAAGAAAAUGUUGUUUUAUAAGUUUUCAUAAGGAUGAUUAUUGUAUUUGCUAUUGUAAUUUUUUUAUAUUAUUGUAAUAAAUGCCAUUUAAGAGUU